AUGCCUCUGCCGCCGCUGCCGCGGCUGCGGCGUGUACCGGCGGCGCUGCUAGUGCCGGCGCGGGGCCUCCUCGAGGCGCGCGUGCCGUGGGUGCGAGACCGGGCCCUCGACCACGUCGUGGAGCGGGAGGGCGACCUGGUGCCGUUCCUCCUCACCAAGGACGCGCUCCUCGCCGCCACGCCGCCGCCGCACGCCGUGCCGCUGCACUCCCUGCCCUCCACAAUCCCCUUCCCGUACCGCCCGCUGCGCUUCCUCCACAAAUACCCCUCGGCGUUCGCGCUCUCGCCGCACCCCAUCGAGGUCUCCCCGACGCCCCGGCUCUCGGCGCUUCACGCCGCCGAGGCGCAGGUCGUCCACGCCACCCUCCCCGACGCCGCUGACCGCUUGCUUCGGCUGCUCAUGCUCGCCCCCUCCCGCGCGCUCCCGCUCCGCCUCGUCGCGCGCCUCCGGCUCGACCUCGGCCUCGCGUCGGACUUCCAACGCUCGCUGCUCCCCAGCUACCCGGACUACUUCGCGCUCUCCCCGGACGGCAGCUUCCUCGAGCUCGUCUGCUACAGGAAGGACCUCGCCGUGUCGGCGAUGCAGGCCUACACGCAGCGCACCGGCGGCUACAAGGUCGGCGACGCGGUCGCCUUCCCACUCUCGUUCCCCAGAGGAUUCGAGCUGGACAAGAAGGUGCGCAAAUGGCUUGACGAGUGGCAGAGGCUUCCGUACAUCUCGCCCUAUGAGGAUGGGUCGCACCUGGCGCCAAGGAGUGAUAUCACGGAGAAGAGGACCGUGGCGGUGCUGCACGAGGUCCUGAGUCUCACGGUGGGGAAGAAGAUGGAGAAGGAGGUGCUGGUCAAGCUUGGCGAGGUGCUGCGGCUGCCACCGGGGUUCAGGAAGGUGGUGGCUAGGCACCCUGGGAUUUUCUACUUGUCGCACAAGCUGGGAACACAGACGGUAGUUCUCAGGGAAUCAUACCGGAGGCAUAUGCUUGUGGACAAACACCCCAUGAUGGGGAUAAGGUAUCAGUAUCUGCAUUUGAUGCAUAUGGGAGUGGAGGAGGUUGGAAAGGGCAAGGGCAAGGGCAAAGAUCGAAGGAGUAGUCGCAGUGAACAAAACAUUGGGGAAGAGUUUGGCGCUGCAGGGGAGGAUGAUGAAAAUAAGGAGGAAUAUGAUGAUGAAGAUGACGAAGACGAGGUGGACGAAGAGGACAUGGAAGCGGGUGUUGCGUCCGAGGAUCACAAGAGUGAUGACGACGUUGAUGAGGAUAUGGAGGAACAAAUUUCUCAUUGA